AUGGCGGAGAGAUACCCUCGCGACGGCGCUGCGGCGAAUGGCUUCGGCCGCCGACACCUUCAGGAGCCGGAGGCGCACCUUCUGUACGAGGCUGAGUACCCGGCGCCCCCCGACAUGCGCGUGCCAGCCUCAUGGCGACUGAGCGCCGGUGGCGUCCCGGUGCCGCCGCGGAACGAGCCGAGGUACGCGCCCGACAGCGAAACGCUGUGGACGUUGUACUUCGAGCGCUGCCGCGAGGAGCAGAUCGCCUCCGUCAACGGCGUCAUCCCCCGUGGCCGCCUCAACUCCGAAGGGUGGCGUGAAUGGUGGGGCGUCCCCGGCCGCACGCUCGACGCCGUCCUCGACCACAUCGAGACCGGCAAUGUGCCGCGGCUGGAGCACCUGACGCGGCCCUCCUUCUCUCGCCGCCGCGGUAGUUCCUGGAUCCCGCGGCCAAUGGAGCCGGGGUCGUCCUCGUCGUCGGGCUCCGGCUCGCCGGCCCUCCGCCUCGUCAUGCCCGAGCCGGAGGGGACACCUCUCGGGCGUCGCGUUCGCAGCGGCGCCCUCAUCAUCAACGAGCCCUUGCCGGCGAUAGCACCGACGAGGCACUCCCUCCGCCUGGUCCGGCCGAAGCCCGAGCCGAACGUGCUCCCCGUGAAGCCGGAGCACUCCACCAUGGUGGCCCCCGAAGACGAGUCCGCCCUAAAAUGGGCGAAGGAGGACUACGUCCGCGAGCAGGUGCGCCGCCAGCGUCGGGCGUGCCUGGAAACCCAGGCCCGUAGCCACGCCGAGGCCCGUCGCCGCGCCGAGGAGGGCGGCGUUAUCGUCAUCGAUAGCGGCGAUGAGGACGAGGCCGGGCCGUCAAGCGCUGUCGGCGACCCCGGCGAGGGUUGCAGCAGGGACCCCGGCGAGGCCUGCAGCAGGGUGCACGACGAUGACGACGACGUCGAUGGCGACUAUACCCGCUUCUACAGGCUUCUCGGCAUGUAAACGGUGCGGAGGCGAUGGCAGCGGCAGUGGCUAGGCUUUUUAGUUUGUUUUUAGGUUAUUUAGGCGUAUUUCAUACAUGUUUCCAAGUUUUUUACAAAUUUGGAUGAAAUAUGGCCGAGUUCGUGUAAAAGUCGCCGAGUUUGCAAAAAGACUGAGACGUACUUCGCUGAACCCGCGGCGACCGUGGGCGCGUGGCUGAGAGCGAACCGAGCCCCAGAAGGCCGAUCUAGCGCCGGCAUGCCCCAGACCGCUCUUUUUUGGCAUCCUGGGGCCGAACGGUUGGAGAUGCUCUUACGACCAGCCUCACUCCGUGCGUGUGCAACCGCCAGUCAACUCAGAACGUGGGGAUUGCCGAUCGUGCUGGGUUUGAACCUCGCCGAGUAUAAGAUCCCCCGAACCCUCAAAGAUGCUCACUUCCUCUCCUCUCGCCUCCCGUCGCCUCUGUCGAAUCCGGCGGCUGGAGUAGCUGCCGCCGCCUCUCAGACCGCAGGACCGUUGCCGACGUCGUCGGCACCGGACACGCCCUCUUCCGCCGAGGAAGUGUGGAGGUGGUGGUCCUGGAGGGGGCCAUCGUAGCAUCGCGCAGGAGCUUGCGAGGUGCACUGCAGAGUCCAGCGUCGGCAACCUCUGCUCGGAUCCGUUUCCUUGAGGUUGACAAACUGAAGGUCUUAUCAUCCUCCCUAACUAAUUCAUCCUCCAAGGCAGAGAAGCGUAUUGUGGAUCACAGGUAAUUCAUAUAUGCUUGCGAUGGCUCCGUAUGUGGUCUAUCCUGCAGAGGCCGGAGGACAGAGACCUUUUUAUGAUGGCUUCUACCCGGUUGGAGUGCUCGGCCAGGGACAUUUUUUACCCCCAUGGAUGGCGGUGUGACCUUCGGAUUGGACCGGCAUCACCUUAGGCCUCUUUUAUCUUUUUUCGCUACUGCUGGCGUUUUUUGCCUUUUUUUUUGACUUCUAGUACUUUGAAACUUUGGCUGUGUGCAUCUAGCUAUGCAGAGGCCGGGUGAUCUUUGAUGCGGUUGUAUCAACUCGAUAUUUCAAUUCAAUGAAAAGCCCUUUAUCGAAAAAGUCAU